GUGCCGGGAAGAUGGGAGCACUCGCGCCUGAGAGAUCGUUUACCGCGUGAUAUCUUUGACGCUACGGAGAACGGGCAAGUCCUCAUCCUACACAACCAAGUCUACCCUGGGAUAUUUACAGAGAGUUGGUGCAGGUCUUCAGGUUCUGACCAUCUCAUAGUCCACGAUGUCCUGCGCAGGGUAAACCCGAUACACGGGCGUUUCAAUCAUACUUGCCGUACCCGGACGACCGUCAGGAUGAGUUCGAGUGCUUGAAUCUUUUUGUCGUGCGACCAAGCCAGGAUGCACUCGCCAAGCACAAUAUCGAUGCCGAGAUGACUCGGUUGCCGGUGCUCAUUUGGAUUCAUGGCGGUGGCUUCAUUGCUGGCGCAGGCACGGAUCCAUCGUCCGAUCCUACCCGGCUUGUUCUUCGCUCCCUCUCCAACAAAACCCCGUUUAUUGCCGUAUCGAUUAACUACCGUCUGGGUAUAUUUGGCUUCGGCGCUUCAUCUGACAUGAUCGCGGCCCAAGACAGCGACUCCCCUCUCAAGGGCGUGAAUUUUGGUCUCUACGACCAGAAACUUGCUCUCAUCUGGGUCAAGCGCAACAUUGCUGCGUUUGGCGGAGACGACACCAAGAUUACCAUCAUGGGUCAAUCCGCCGGUGCAAUUUCAUGUCACCUUCACCUUCUCGAGGCGGAAUUAGGCACGGAAAGACCGCUAUUUCGCAAGGCUGGUUUGAUGUCUGGGCCGGUUGGGGGUCUCGAAUUGACCUCGAUGGAAAAAGCCGACCAGCGCUGGGCAGACCUCUGCCAAUUGUGGUCAGUCCACGCUGAGAACCCAGUUGAUCGAGUCGAUAUGCUGAGAAGAAUCCCUACCCAGGAUCUUCUUAACAGCGUUUCAGACCUUCACUGGGUGCUUUUUACACUGGCUAUCGACGGAUUGACCAUUCGAAAAAGCGACUUGGGCUGUGGCGUUUCUGUACAUCUGGGGCACGACGGAUUGGACAAUGAAACCAAGCCUUCUGACGAAAAGGUCCAAGUCCUGAUGAGCGCAACAGCCGACGAGUUUAGAGGCUUUGCCCUCAUGGCCAACUGGGAUUACACCACAUUCCACUCCCUUUUUACCUCGAGUUAUCCCUCGGAGGCGGCGGCUGAGGAGGUUCUUCAAGCAUACGGGAUUUCGCCUACAGCUUCUGAUGAAGAACUCUUUGACGCAUUCUCCCAAUUCAUCUCCGAUGCCACGAUGAUCCAUAAGAUAUAUCGUGCAAACGAAUUCUUCAAGGCUCAUCGCGGGAAACAAGCUCUUCUCCGUGGUCAGGACACCAAGCGUGUGGGAAUCCAGUAUUACCAUUUCGAAUUCGGCAAUCCCUUCUCAGGGCCCAUGCAGGGAGUUGCGCACCACGGUGUUGAAAUGGUCUAUGCCUUUGGCACUUUUCACGACGCGCUGAAGAAGGCUGACCAAGGAAUUUCGGAAGGUUAUGUUGAGCCUGACCAAGCUCAUGCAGAGGCUAUUGGUCAACCCUCAAUGAACACCGAAGAUACCGAUUAUCGAAAGUCCAACAUUGAUCUCAGCUAUGAGUUGCAGGAUAAGUUGAUCCAAUUUGUGGUUGAGGAUUGCCAAGAGACCGACCAGCGCGCUUAUGCUGAUGAUAUCUUGACGUUUUGUAACGACCGAUCGGUCCGCGCAGAGAGUUGGUCGAGUGAGAAAUGGAUAUCAAAGCGGAAGAAACUUGAAAUUUUAGAUAGAGAUUUUGGCUCUAUGAUAACUGCCACGCGGAGACUUGUAGGGGGCGUUAUUGGAAUGGCAUUGUAGUGGCUUACACUUGUACUCGGAAAGCUUGGACUUCUAAUAUAUGUAAAUAGACGGCUCAUGCUCAUUCUCCUGGUAGGCUACACAUAGUCCUUACACUCAAGAUAUUCCGCCAGAAGCAAAAGAUGUUUCUCUCUCACGUCGAAACGUUUGCUUACAUCUAUCAUCUUUGAUUGGGUGUGCUGUUAUACUCAGCUGGAGAACGAUACUAUGCCAUACUCGGUAACCGACCCCGAGCUGUCGA